CCUCCUCCCUUCCUCCCCGGCGUGGGCUCUCGCAGGCAGCCGGCAGCUCGGGGCAUCAAAGGUUGGGAAGGGCUCCAUUCCUCGCUUUGAUUCUCCCCCUCUCACCCCGCCUUUUUGCUUCUUCUUUCUAUCUCUUCUUUUUUCUCUUUUUUUUUUUUUUUUCCCCUCAAGCUGGGGGAGGAAGAAUAGCGCGGCCACGUCCCACCCCUCCCUUCCUGCAAAUCCCUGCUCGCACUGCAAACAAUCUGCCUUCCCCAUUGCAUCCAAGGGAGAUAGCAACAGCAACAUCAUCACGGCAAGCCGGAUGAGAGAGCGGAGAGGAGGCUGCUGCUGAGGGAGGAAGGCACACACGCACACACCAGCUCGAUGUUGCCAAAGCGGUAGGAACCGCACGAAAAAUAAGCCAUGCUGCCCCAUGUGUCUGGCGCAUUGUGCUCCAUCCGAGCCUUUUAGGAGGAAGAAGAGAAUUAUCUGCUCCGAUUUUUUUUCCCUGCCGGCGAGAGUGCGACAGACUUGCGAUGGUUGAAUGUCAAUGCCUGUGAGAGAGAGCAACAGUCAGAGCAGGAGGAGGACAGAAGGGGAGGAAAAUGAAGGUGGGGACGGUGGAGGAGAGAAAGAAGGAGCCUCGUCCAAUGCAUCAAAAGGAGGUCCCUGCAAUUGCUGAUAGAGCCCUGACCGCCUCGACAUCCACAAUGGUCUGUACAAGCUGCCAAUGCGUUUGAUGACGUUCCUGUUUUGUGAAAGGAGGAAAGGAAACGUGACCAUGUAAGAUCCACGUUUCCCCGGUCAAUUACAUGCGAAGAAUAGAUCCGAUUUCGACGUGGGUUUUUGGUCCAGGAUGGUAACAGCUUAGGGAAUAAUACAGCCGCCUUCCCUCAUCAAUUUCGCCCUGUUUUUUUUUUUUUUUUUUUUUUUUUUUUUUUUGGUGUGUGGUCCAGACAGCUGCUGGAAUAGAGAAGGUCAGAAUAUAUAGAUAUAUAUAAAAUAUAUAUGAUAUAUAUAUUAUAUAUAUAAAAAUAUAUUUGUCUCAGUACAUCUGGGAUUAAGCUCAUUGAAUGCUUAUUAUUUCUUUCUGGACUUUUAAUAUUUACAAUGAAAUCUUUUAAAGGCAACGGUAAAAUCUGAAGCCACCUGGGAGCACAGUGUUGAAAACGUAGGGUGUUUUCCCACAAACAAUGUGAAGGUCUUUUUUGUCAAAGAGGCAAUUUUGAUAAUAACAACAGCUACCAAUUUUGCAUUUUGAUAGCCAGACCAGCUGCUAUUUUGUCUGGACGCACACCGGGAUUCGUGUGAUCGGGUUUUAUUUUUUAAUUGAAAAAAUAAAUAGAAGAAAAAGGAAAAUUACUUGAGAUGCCAAAUACUGUCGAGAGAACCAUAUUCUCUCUCCUCCCCACACCCACCGGAGACGUGGACCCUUCUUUUUUACAGGCUUAGGAGUUGCGAGAGCUAAUCGGGGGCUUUCUCCCGAGACCGCCGCCUGCGCCCCUGGACCCUCGGGCGUGGGAGAUUUAUUUCCUCCUCCCGCUGAUUUCUAAGCAAACUUGUGGAGGGGGGAAAGGAUCCCUCGGCAGCACAGAGUCGGUUUUUUUCCUGGUGUGGAUUUCUUUUGCAAUUGCCGUCCCCGCCGGGUUCCAGCGGGCUGCCGGGGACUUGGCCCCCUCGCCCUCCGGCUCUGCUUUUGUGCGUUCCCCGGCGGCCAGCGCAGCCCCCCCGGCACUGCGGCCGCCGCGGAGCCCCCCCGGCCGCGGGGCGCCCGGCUCCUGCCCUUUUCUUUCCCCCGUGCCCGCCUGCCAAGGAAAGGCACAUGUUAAUACCACCCGGCGCGGGCAUUUUCUGCUACUGCUGCUGCGGGCUCCUCCGUCCGAGACAGAUGUUGCGAAACCAAGGCCUCCUCAAGUGCCGCUGCCGCAUGCUCUUCAAUGACCUGAAGGUCUUCCUGCUGCGGAGACCCCCCGCGCCGCCGCCGCCCUCCCCGCCGCCGCCGCUCCCCAUGCCCGGCGGCGCAGAGGCGGCGGCGGGGGCCGCACCGCCCGGGGGGCGCGGGCCCGGCUGGCGGGCGGCGGGCGGCGGCGGCGGCGCGGGCAGCCCGGCCGCCGAGGAGUGGGGCAGCCCCGCCGGGGAGCCGCCCGCCUCCCUGCCCAGCAGCACCUCCUCGGAUGACUUCGGCAAGGGCAAGGCCGAGGACCGCUACUCGCUGGGCAGCAGUGUCGACAGCGGCAUCCGCACCCCGCUCUGCAGGAUCUGCUUCCAGGGGCCCGAGCAGGGGGAGUUGCUGAGCCCGUGUCGAUGCGAUGGAUCUGUGAAGUGCACGCACCAGCCAUGUCUGAUCAAAUGGAUUAGCGAGAGAGGCUGCUGGAGCUGUGAGCUGUGUUACUACAAGUAUCACGUCAUUGCCAUAAGCACAAAGAACCCUCUGCAGGUAAAGUGGCAGGCCAUCUCUCUGACAGUCAUUGAGAAGGUUCAGAUAGCAGCGGCCAUCCUGGGUUCCCUCUUCCUCAUUGCCAGUAUCUCGUGGCUCAUCUGGUCGACCUUCAGUCCUUCAGCCAAGUGGCAGCGCCAGGACCUGCUCUUCCAGAUCUGCUAUGGAAUGUACGGCUUCAUGGACAUUGUCUGUAUAGGUCUAAUAAUACACGAAGGGCCCUCGGUUUACCGGAUUUUUAAACGGUGGCAGGCGGUCAAUCAGCAGUGGAAAGUGCUGAACUAUGACAAAACAAAGGACAUGGAGGAGCAAAAAACAGGGACCAGGACAAAUCAGCGCCCCUCCUCCCAAACCACCCACUCGUCCUCCACUGGUGGUACAGCCACUAACUCCGCUCCAGCCGACAGCGGGGCACGGGCUGCCGGCCAUGCCACAGGCACCCUCUCUGACCACCACUGUGCUUAUACCAUCCUGCAUAUACUCAGCCACCUGAGGCCUCACGAACAGAGGAGUCAGUCUAGUAGUAACAGAGAGCUCGUCAUGAGGGUCACGACGGUCUGAGCAGAGGAAUUCAGGAGGCCUUAACACGAAG